UUAAUGUACAAAGCUACAAGAGAGAGAGAGAGAGAGAGAGAGAGAGAGAGAGAGAGAGCGCUUCUGUUUGGUGUUGCGUAGCAGCCAGUGAAGUUGUACAUACAUUUUCUAAUCUCUGGUUUUGAUCAUUCAUAGAUCGAUGUUGUCAACUGGGUUGUCUUCUGUUUAUUUAGGUUUCAGUACUGCAGCCGGCAUUGCUGGGAAUAUAUUUGCCUUCGUGUUGUUUGUGUCACCAUUGCCAACAUUCAAGAGAAUCAUUAGAAACAAGUCAACAGAACAAUUCUCUGGAUUGCCCUACAUAUAUGCCCUUUUGAAUUGCUUGAUAUGUCUUUGGUAUGGCAUGCCUGUAGUGAAGACUGGUAUUAUAUUGGUGGCUACAGUCAAUUCAUUUGGGGCUGUUUUCCAGUUAGUCUACUUGAGCAUUUUCAUUACGUACGCUGAAAGAGCAACUAAGCUGAGGAUGUUGGGAUUCUUAGGGGCAGUUGCUGUUAUAUUCGUGUUCGUUGUCUUCGUGAGCUUAGGAGUUUUAGAGUAUGAUGACAGGCAAACGUUCGUUGGAUAUUUGAGUGUCGCUUCACUUAUUUCAAUGUUUGCUUCGCCGCUGUUUAUCAUAAAACUGGUGAUCAAAACAAGGAGUGUUGAAUUCAUGCCAUUUAAUCUCUCUUUUGCAACUUUCUUGAUGAGUCUCUCUUUCUCUGCCUACGGAAUAUUCAAGGAAGACCCCUUCCUUUAUAUCCCAAAUGGUAUUGGAACAAUUUUAGGCCUUGUCCAGUUGGCUCUCUACUCCUACUAUAGCAAAAUAUCUGGAGAAGACUCAAGAGAACCAUUGAUAGUUUCAUAUGUGUGAAACUUACCGGCCUAAUACUCAAUACAGUAAAAGUCAAGUGCCAAGUAUUUCUUUCAGCUGUAUAGACAAGAGGAAAAUAUGGCAAUCGGUAUUUACGCAGUGGCCGGAAAGGGGCAUUCAUUUUGUCCAUAUCAUGGCAUAUGAAACAGUUAAUUGGAAAAGGGCCAUUUCCAACAAUCGUUGUUGGGCAUAAAGCGUUAUAGCGAAAGAGCAGUAUCAGAUUUUGUUAAAGUUUUACCAAAAGGAAACUGAUAAGUUGAUGCAGAACCUUGUGCUGUUUAAAGGGGUUUACAUUUUGCUUGGUUGGUACUUGUUAUACAGUGCUGCAGAUGGUUCCCAUUCUAGAAUUGCACCAAAUGUGGAUCCACUUUCAUCUUGUAAGGUUUGGAUGACUAGCUUAUAUUCAAAGGCCUGCCACCAUUUUGGAGCAAGAGCAUUUUCUCCAUCUAUGUUUUCUUGCCUAUCAAGAUCAAGCAAGUAGAUUGCUUGUACGAAGCACAAAAAGCUAGUUAUUCAAUGUCCCAACGAAUUCUUUCAAUAUUCUUGUAUAUUUCUCACAGGCCUCGAGUUUUUAUAGGGUAAAAUUCCUAUUUGACUAUUAUUUUCUUCUUUUGUGUGGCACACGUUGACUUGAAAUUUGGGAGACACGACCAGUGAUAUAGGCAAAUUUGCUAA